AUGCGAUUCUCUAGUGUCAUCCUUGCUGCAGCCUCCUCAGCCUUCGCCCUUGCCUUACAGCCAGGCUCCUCACCCACGCCAACUUUGCUGGGCCAUGUCAAUAUCCCCGCCAAAACUAUCGAAAUAGCUAUCCCCACGUGCAUCCAGACUAUAAAGCCAGACGUCAACGGGUAUGUCCCACCUGGCGAAUGCGGUGCCAUCUGGAACUACUACCCCAGCUUCGUUGCGGCUGCGGUGUUUGCGGUGCUCUUUGCCCUCCUGACUGCCGUUCAUAUAUGGCAAACUGCCAAGCACAAGAAGCAAAGCGAUGGGGUCUAUCUCGUGUUUCAGAUCUUCAUUCUGCUUGCACCCAUCUGGGUCAACGCGUUUGCUUACAUGACUCUGGGACGAAUGAUCUACUUUUUUCACCCAUCGCGGUCUCUCCUGAGCAUACCAGCUUCAUCCUUCGCUGCCAUUUUUGUGGUCCUCGAUAUCGUCUCCUUCGCCGUGCAAUUGGCAGGCGGCUCAAUGGCUGGCCCGACGGCUCCGCCUGCGGAACAGAUGAAGGCGAUUCAUAUCUACAUGGGAGGCAUCGGCCUUCAGGAGUUCUUCAUCCUCAUCUUCGUUGGCUUGGCGCUGAAGUUCCAACUCGAGAUCCAAAAGAUGGACAGGUUUCGUGGGGCGCAACCUCGACCCUGGGAGCCACUCAUGUGGGCGUUGUAUUUCUCCCUCGGUAUGAUCACCAUCAGAAUCAUCUACCGUCUCGUCGACUUCUCGUCUGGGCAUGGUGUGGACAACGCCCUUAUCACCCACGAAGCGUACUUUUACGUUCUGGAAGCCUUGCCCAUGUUUCUUGCCAUCGCAGUGUUCAGCGCAGUGCAUCCCGCAGCGGUCAUGAACGGUGCCGGCUCGGAUAUGCCUGGGGUUUUCUUGACAAUCAAGAAUGGAUUUUCGAAGAGAAACGGGAGGAUGCCGUUGAAAGAGGACGUGGAGGAGCAAGAACUUACUAGAAGGAGAUCCCCGAGCUCUUGA